ACAGACGCGACUUCAAGUGUCUGCUCCCGGGAGCAGCAAAUUCUACUCAAGUUAUAAACCCGGGCCAUCCAGGGCUCGCUCACCCGGGGUCCGCACCUCUCCUAGGGCCUGACGUAUACAUCAGCUCCGGCCCGGGUUUCCCUCCAACCCCGUGCCUUCUCCUAUCUUUCUAUUUUUAUUUUUCGUUAUUUUUUUUCCUUCUUAGUCAUUUCUACUGAAAGAUGUCGCCAUGAGUCCUGUUCUCCGUUGCCCGUCGCUCUUGAACGCCAUGCUAUUGGCUUCCAGCCGUCUCCUGAACGGUGCUGCCCCCUCUCUGUCCCCGGCCUAUGCCCCUGAACUCUCCCAGCUCCGCCCUAGAUAUGGAGCCUGGACCUACCAGUACCAACAAAAGCCAGAACCGCUCGGGAUCCACUGGACCCUCUGGGGAAUCUAAGACAAAAAGUGAUGGAAAAAAUGGUAAUGGCUCCAAGCAGCGUUAUAGCCGUAAACGCGAAAAUUCGUAUGCUAAAAAUGAUGGUUUCUCUAGUCAGUCCCGUCGCUCCGUUCCACAGAAAAGCAAAACUUUUAAUAAGGUUCCACCCCAGAGAGGAGGCACAAAACAAUUUACUUAUGGGAGAAGAGAAGAGGUAGCAGAGACUCAAAGAGCUGAGUUCAGCCCAGCUCAGUAUUCAGGACCAAAGAAGAUCAACCUGAAUCAUCUGCUAAACUUUACUUUUGAAUCACGUGGGCAACCUGGGACACACCAUGAUGGGCAUGGAACCUGGGGCAGGAGAAACAAGUGGGGACAUAAACCGUUCAACAAGGAGCUCUUCCUACAGGCAAACUGCCAGUUUGUGGUGUCUGAAGAUCAUGACUACAGUGUUCACUUCACUGACCCAGACACACUUGUCAGCUGGGAUCUUGUGGAGCAAGUGCGUAUUUGUAGUCAUGAGGUGCCUUCAUGCCCCAUUUGCUUGUACCCUCCAACGGCCGCUAAAAUCACUCGUUGUGGCCACAUAUUCUGCUGGGCCUGCAUCCUGCAUUACUUGUCACUAAGUGAGAAAGACUGGAGUAGGUGCCCCAUCUGCUAUAGCUCUAUUAUAAAAAAGGAUCUAAAAAGUGUUAUUGCCACAGAAAGCCGUAUGUAUACAGUGGGUGAUACAAUUACAAUGCAGCUUAUGAGGAGGGAGAAGGGAAAUCUUGUGGCAAUGCCAAAAUCUAAAUGGAUCAAGUUGGAAGAACCCAUUAAUCUUGGAGAUGAUGAGCAUACGCCAUUCUCCAAGCUUCUCUUGGCCUCGCGGUAUCAGAUUCUGGAUAGGGUAAUUGCAGGGGAGAAGGUUGCACUAAUGAAGCAAUAUGAAGAUGAGCAACACACUCCUGAGGUCUGCUUUAUUGAAGCAGCGAUUCAAGAGCUGCAGGAUCGUGAGAAUGGUCUCCGUACUCUAAACCAAGUAGAUAUUGUGAGCGUUACUGCUUCUAUUGAGGCUGUAAAUCUGGAACCUACCCUAGAGGGAAAACAUGUGGACUUACAUUGCCCUAAGGUUGUACAGUAUUUAUCUGCUUUCGAAGAGAUUGUGGAGGCCCAGUCUGAAAAUUCAGCUAAAUCCCUGGAAUCAGAGGAUACUGAAGUGAGGGAUCCACAAGUUACAGAAAACACAAGUGAAUCAUAUAGUCAGCAGAACACUAAACCUUCCAGCUCUGAAUCCAUAGCCAACCCUCACUUCUAUUACUUUUAUCAAGCUGAAGAUGGUCAGCAUGUGUAUCUCCAUCCAGUGAAUGUGCGCUGUCUAGUACAUGAAUAUGGCAGCCUUGAGCGGUGUCCCGAAAAGAUAACUGCUUCUGUGGUAGAGACUGACGGCUUCACUAUGACAGAGGAUGUGCGCAGGCGUCAUCGUUACCUUUGCCAUCUGCCUCUCACAUGUGAAUUUAGCAUUUGUGAAAUGGCAUUGGGACCCCCUGUAGUAUCCAAGGAAACCUUAGCACUUUUUGCAGAUGAAGUAGAGAAGAGAAAACGUCUGCGUCAGCGUAAGGCACGAGAUGAACGGCGCCGGGAGAAGAGAAUUGAGAUUGAGGAGAAUAAGAAACAGGGAAAAUAUCCUGAAGCUCAUAUUGCAUUAGAGAAUCUUCAACAAUUUCCUGCUGUCUGUCCAACUUCUGAAUUCUCAAAACAAGGUCCAAGUUCAUUUAUGUCUUGUGCAGAUAAUCAUGGUUCUCUCUCACCUUCCCCUAUGAGUUGCAGUCCUAUAUCACAACCUGGCUGCAUUCAAAGUCUAGGAGUAGAUGGUGUGGCUUUUCAUCACUUAACACCAGAAGAGGACUCUCACUCUCCUUCUUUUGCUCAAAUGCUGAGAGUUGGUAAAGCAAAGGCAGAGUCCUGGCCCAAGGCUGCCACUAAAAAAGGAGUCGAAAAUACCCUGGUCAGUCCACCUCCUGCAGACAGCGAUGGUGAAAGUGACUGCUCUGAGAGGGUCCCUGUACCCAGCUUCCAAAACUCCUUUAGUCAAGCCAUGGAAGCAGCCUUCUUGAAGCUGGAUAAUGUGCCCCCCUCUCCAACUUCAGCCGAAAAAGGAGGAAAGAAGAAAAAGAAGCAGCAGAAGCUUUUGUUCAGCACGUCAAUUGUCCACACAAAAUGAGCCAUCUCCAUCACACUCACCAACCUAGCUUUUUCUUUUAUCUGGCAUACAAUCUACUCAUUUUGCUUUGUAUCAAUUUAUCUGCAGUAUUUAUGGUUAAAUGAUUAAUUUUGGAUUUUGAAUGUGGGUUGAUCAGUCUAAGCCAACACUGAACUGCAGAAUAAAACUGAAGACUAAUACAAGAGUGAAACAGGAUAGUACCUAUAGACUAUUUGUAUCUUGUGCAGUGUUGCAGGAUUUUGUUCCUAGGUGCAGAGGUCCACAUUGAGACUCAAUCUGAAAAGGACUUUAAUGAAAGCUCAGAUUACACAUUUAUAGGCGACGCUGAAUGUGUCUGAUGUGAUAAGCUUUUUGUCACAUCAAGCUCAACUCUGUAAUCUAAAGGAAGAAUAUCUCAAGCAGAUGUCUAAUGCUAAAGGGUGUGGCUUUCUGUGAAAAAGAAACAAAUUUAUUUUUUUCCCCCUCUAAAUAAAUUAGAUGAAACUAA